CAAAUCCUUUCACUUUUGUUUUGACCUCGGUCUCUCUCUCUCACUCACCACGCUGCGUCUACGUGAAAGCUUUCUCUCGCUCAGCUCUCGCCUCUCGAUUGACAUGCUUCUGGGGAUAAUCCGGAAGUUGUUUUUUCCCAUCUCUUGAAUAUUAAUUCUCUCUAACGCUACUUUUACCCUAACAUGAUGGAGCUGCUAAUAGCCGCCGACGCAACGCCUCCUCUGUCCGUGCUCGCUACGGCGGAAGUUGCCGGAGUUUCUCUCACGAUCAAUCCAACUCUCACCGUCGGCUCUCCGCCUGUCCUUCUCCUAACCGACGGGUUAAAGCUACGUGGAACAAAUGUACUUGUGAAGUAUCUUGGUCGCACAUCAACAACCGUUCCUAACUUGUAUGAGCGUGAUGCCUUUGAAACUGGGCAGAUUGAUAAGUGGCUGGAGUAUUCCCCCAUCUUCUCUUCUGGUUCAGAAUAUGAGGGUGCAUGCAAGUAUGUUGAUGGGUAUUUGUUGCAUCGCACUUUCUUAGUUGGCCAUAGUUUAUCGGUUGCAGAUAUUGCUAUCUGGUCAUAUCUUGCAGGGGCUGGUAAGAGAUGGGAAAGCUUAUUGAAGUCAAAAAAGUACCAAAACUUGGGUCGAUGGUACACUAUGAUAUCUACACAACAUGCAGCUGUGACAUCAGCAUUUUCAAAGAAAAAAAAUCCCAGUUGUUCAACAGAUGUUAAAGAAAUUGUUAAUUCCAAUCGCCCUGAAGCCGAUCUUCCAUAUGCUGAAACGGGAAAAGUUUUGUUGAGAUUUGCACCUGAACCAAGUGGCUAUCUCCACAUAGGCCAUGCAAAAGCCGCUUUACUGAACCAAUAUUUUGCUCAGAAAUACAACGGGAAAGUAAACCUACGGUUUGAUGACACAAAUCCUGCAAAAGAAAGCAACGAGUUUGUUGAUAAUAUUUUAAAAGAUAUCGCGACAUUGGGAAUCAAAUAUGAAAAAAUCACGUAUACUUCCGAUUACUUUCCGAUUCUCAUGGAAAUGGCUGAGAAGUUGAUUAAAGAAGGGAAAGCAUACAUCGACGACACCCCCAAAGAACAGAUGAAAUACGAGCGAGAGAAGAAAAUAGAAUCAAAAUGUCGGAAUCAGAGUGUCGAUGAAAACCUCAAGCUAUGGAACGAGAUGGUUCUUGGAACGGAAAAGGGAGUUCAAUGUUGUUUAAGGGGUAAAUUGGACAUAACCAAUAACAAUGGAUCAAUGCGGGACCCGACUUACUAUCGGUGUAAUCCGAUUCCGCAUCACCGAGUCGGAUCAAAGUAUAAAAUAUAUCCGACGUAUGAUUUUGCGUGUCCUUUUGUUGAUUCUGUUGAAGGGAUUACACACGCGUUGAGAUCCAGCGAGUAUCAUGAUAGAAAUCCUCAGUAUUCAAGGAUUCAAGAGGAUAUGGGGGUUAGGAAGGUUCAUUUGUAUGAAUUUAGCAGGUUGAAUAUGGUUUAUACAGUUUUAAGUAAACGGAAGUUGCUUUGGUUUGUUGAAAAGAACAAGGUUGAUGGAUGGGAUGAUGCUCGUUUUCCAACUGUCCAAGGAAUUGUGCGCAGAGGCUUACAAAUUCAGGCUUUGAUACACUUUAUACUUGACCAAGGAGCUUCAAAGAAUCUGAAUCUUAUGGAAUGGGACAAACUCUGGAACAUUAACAAAAAAACGAUCGACCCUGUUUGCCCCAGACACACAGCAAUCCUUGAAGAGAACCGGGUCUUGUUGACAUUAUUAGAUGGGCCCCACAAGCCAUUUGUGCGUGUCAUACCAAAGCACAAGAAAUACGCCGCUGCAGGGGAUAAAGCUACCGUUUUUACCAAAAAGAUUUGGAUAGAACAAGCCGAUGCUAAGGCCAUAUCCCCUAACGAUGAAAUUACGUUAAUGGACUGGGGAAAUGCGAUUGUUAGAGAAAUCAACAAGGACAAAAACGGAAAUGUGACCGACUUAAUCGGGGUUUUGCAUCCUGAGGGAUCUUUUAAGACCACAAAACUGAAACUCACGUGGUUGCCUCACACUAACGAGCUUGUUCCAUUAACUCUAGUGGAGUUUGGAUACCUGAUCAUGAAAAAGAAGCUGGAAAAUGAAGAGGAUAUUGUUCCAGUGGCGAACAAGGAUACAAAGAAAGAGGUUGGGGGAGUUGGGGAUUCAAACAUGAGAAGACUGAAGCGUGGAGACAUAUUGCAGUUGGAGAGGAAAGGCUACUUCAGAUGCGAUGUUCCUUUCAUUACACCUUCAAACCCAAUUGUCCUCUUUGCUAUUCCAGAUGGCAGGCACACUGCAACCAAAUAAUAAUAAUAAUAAUAAUAAUAAUAAUAAUAAUAAUAUGUUAGUAAACAUGGAUUACAAGAUUUUGGGAUUACUACCCUUUUUAAUAUUGCAGGUACUUACUUUUUGCUAUGUUUAUUCUUUCUUCAAAUUAAUUCUUAACCUCAUGGAUAUAUUAUUAUAAAGUCAC